AGUGCAUAAUAAUCCUUUCAUACCUAUUCAUUUGAUAAUCUCAAAAAUAUUACGCAACGAACUAUUUUGGUAACAAAGUUAACCGCGGUAGAUAGUGAAUUUCUGGGAACUGCGCGUCAAAGACGGAAAUAAUGUAGGUUAGACGCGAGAUUUGGGCAAACGAGUGAGAAGUGAGACUCGGUGGCGCGGCGCAGCUGCACCAGUGAGCGCGCCGAGUCGCGGAUGGCGCGAGCCAAAAGCAUAAAAGGCCUGCGCAAGCAUAUCGAGCGUUUCAGUGGCUCAGUGGCCAAGUCGCACUGCCAGUCCCUCCGAGUCCUCCGACGCACGCAGACAUGGGUGGCCCCGAGCAGCAAGUGUUCCACCCGAACGCGAACAUCGUCCGCAAGGCGCACUGUUCCUCGAUGGAACAGUAUCGCCAGAUGCACGCCCGUUCCCUGGAACGGCCCGACGAGUUCUGGGGCGAAAUCGCCGAGCAGUUCCACUGGGAGGCGCCUGUCAAGAGCAAUUUCUUCAGCUACAACUUUGACAUCAACAAGGGGCCCAUCUCAAUCAAGUGGAUGGAGGAGGCUUCCACCAACAUUUGCUUCAACCUGCUCGACGUGAACAUUCAGAAGGGCCUGGGAGACAAGGUGGCGUUUUACUGGGAGGGAAACGAUCCUGAAGACUACACUAGGGUCACCUACAAGAAGUUGUUGGAACAUGUUUGCAAGUUCGCAAAUGUGCUCAAAUCGCACGGCGUCGAAAAAGGCGACCGCGUGGCCAUUUACAUGCCGAUGGUGUUGGAAUUGGUGGUCACCAUGCUCGCCUGUUCCAGAAUCGGCGCCGUCCACUCGAUAGUGUUUGGUGGGUUCUCUGCCGAUUCCUUGGCUGAAAGAAUGCACGAUUGCAGGGCGAAAAUUUUAGUCACUGCUGACGGCGUCUGGAGAGGCGACAAAUUGCUUCAUUUGAAGGAAAUCUGCGACACAGCUCUUGACAAAUGCUCGAAAAUCGGCCACAACGUUGAAAAAUGCAUCGUGGUGUCUCACCUGACCAGAUUGAGCAACGCGCACACACAGAAAACGCCAGGCAUGAAACCACCCGUCCACAAAACGCCAUUCACGCCAGGACGCGACCUGUGGUGGGACGACGAGAUGAAGGGUGCCUCGAACUUCUGCUACCCCACCUGGGUCGAUGCUGAAGACCCCCUUUUCAUGCUUUACACCAGUGGGUCGACGGGAAAGCCCAAAGGUGUUCUGCACACAACCGCAGGCUAUCUGCUUUAUGCUGCAACGACCUUCAAAUACGUCUUCGACUACCACCCUGGUGACACGUACUGGUGCACUGCCGACAUUGGUUGGAUCACUGGACACACCUACGUGGUUUACGGACCACUUGCCAAUGGUGCUACUUCAGUCAUGUUUGAAGGAACUCCCUUCUACCCCCACAAUGGCCGUUACUGGGAGGUGAUUGAAAAGUACAAGAUCAACCUCUUUUACACUGCACCAACCGCUAUCAGGGCCCUGAUGAAGUUCGGAGACGAACCUGUCAAAAAAUUCAACAUGUCUUCAUUGCGAGUGCUUGGUUCUGUUGGUGAGCCCAUCAAUCCUGAGGCCUGGCUUUGGUAUUACCGCUUGGUAGGACAAAACAAGUGCUCCAUUGUUGACACUUUCUGGCAAACGGAAACUGGAGGGCACGUCCUCACACCUCUGCCCGGGUGCACUCCGAUGAAACCUGGAUCUGCUACAUUCCCAUUCUUCGGAGUUCAACCCGAGUUGCUGGACGAAAAUGGAAAAAUCAUCAGGGGCCCUGGCGAGGGCUACCUGGUCUUCAGCAAACCCUGGCCAGGAAUGAUGCGCACCCUUUUCGGCAACCACGACCGUUUCGAAACCACUUACUUCAAAAAGUUCCCUGGCUACUAUUGCACUGGAGAUGGUGCAAGGAGAGAUGAAGAGGGCUAUCUCUGGGUUACUGGUCGCAUGGACGACAUGCUCAAUGUUUCUGGACACUUGCUUAGCACUGCCGAAGUUGAGUCUGCACUGGUCGAGCAUCCUGACGUUGCCGAGGCUGCCGUCGUUUCCCACCCCCACGCAGUAAAGGGCGAGUGCCUUUACUGCUUCAUCACUCCCAACGAAGGAGUUCACUUCUCCACCACUCUUGUUGCAGAACUGAGGAAAAAAGUUCGAGAGAAAAUUGGCCCAUUUGCCUCACCCGAGGUGGUCCAGCACGCCCCUGGCUUGCCCAAGACUAGGUCAGGCAAGAUCAUGCGCAGAGUGUUGAGGAAAGUUGCCUUGAAUGACCGAGAUGUAGGCGACACCUCCACUUUGGCGGACGAAGGCAUUGUUGAGGCCCUUUUCAGCAACAGACCUCCAGAGGCAUCAAAAUUGCUGAAGGCUUGCUAAAUAUUUUGCCAAAUCGCUGUUCAAAUCCAAAUCUCAUUGCCUGCUGGCAGGGUGUUAAUCUCAUUUAAAUUUUAAGUGCUAUAUUUUAUUUCAGAGAAGUUUCAGUUUAUGCAGGCAUAUAACAACAAACAAGAUUUAUUUUUAGCGUACAAUGAAAAUUAAUGCAGACAAUAUUUUGUGAUGUUUGGUCUAGAGAACGAAACGGCCAUAACUUAAGAUUAUUAAAUUAUAAAUAAUGUUGUCUAGAGUGGAGCUCAGCUGUGAGAGUAAUGUUGCAUUUAGUUCUAAGUUUAUGGUUGAGGUGAAAGAUGGUAUGUUAAAAUUACGGAGCAAAAAUAUGUUAAAUAAUCAUAUAAAUGUAUUUGGUAAUAGUUGGCUGAAAAAUAUAUAAUCAUGUUGUAUAAAUGUUGAAAUGUAGCCAAACGACCAAAAUGUUACAAGCAUUUAAUCGCACUUUAUUCAUAUACAUAUCAGCGUCUGAUUGAUGCUAGAUAGCUACCAAAUUUAUUUUUGACCACCUAUUUAUCUGAUAAGUAGUUUGAUAAGUUAAUGGCAGCUUUCGUUGCGGUGAUAAAAUUGAAAAGAUAUUUUUUGGGGAUCAUUCUGGUUGCAAUAUAAAUACGUUUAGGCAAAUUUUAAUUAUUAUACUGCUUAUGAAAAAUAUUCUAAUUAAACUAUGAAUUGUUCCAUUUUAACAGCAGACCAUUCUAUUCAGAAUUGUUGAUUGCACACACCAUGUUAAUGUACGCACAACCUCAAGAACCUAAUAUUUUUUUUUUUAGAGGCUAUAAUUUUUAGGAAAAAGUAAAGAAUAACAAAAGUCUGUUAAAACGACUACUAUUUUGAAUGUUAUUUUACGUGUACUGGUACAUUCUCUUGCAUGGCUGUUUGAUCAAAGUUGUCUAAAUAUGAAAAGGAAAUCCACCACCGCAGCCAGAGCUGUGUUAUCUAUGAUGAAAAAUAAAAAAAAAAUGCAAUGCAAAAUACAUUGAAGUGAAUAUGGAAAAAUGCGUCUUAUUUAAAAUUCAA